UGCCUCAUUAAGAGGUCAUGCAAACUGCCGGCUGCUUCAGCCACUGUUACUCAUUUCACAUUCAAAUCCAGGGAACUGGCUAAACUAUGGGAUUUUCCAAGAAAAGAGCUUCACAUGCGGAAGAACAAGGAUAAAUCAAGUAGGAAAUGUGCCUGAUCCUUCAGCAGGUUCUGUGUACAGAGGGGUUAAGCAGGGGAGCUGUGAUCAGCAGAAAUUCUUUGCUGUUCGUCAGUUCACCUCAAUGGCCGUGAUAUAUUUAAUGGAGAAGGAUUCGGGCGUAUUUGCUUACUCUGCACACUCUACAUUGGUGUCAAAUAGUGGCAACAAAGACAAGAGCAGUGCGGUACAGUCUCGGCUUCCUACUGUUAAACUUUAAUGGAAUACCUUUCAGGUAUUAAAUGACUGAAUCCAGAUGGGGAGCACUUGCUGUAGGAUGCUAGAAAGACGCAUGCUUGAAUCAGAAGGAACACAAUCAAAUGGAUAUGUCAACGAAGCGCAUAGCUACACAGAGCAUGACCAUUCUAUGUCCCAAACUAUAAAGAUCAGUGAACUCAAAAAGGAAGACUUCCGUAUAACUGAACAGGAGAGCCACACUAAUUCACAAGAUGUGUACAAUACAACUGAAAAGACUAAAACAGACAUAACGGAUGACACUGUUUCUAAAUCAUCUUCUACUCCAGCCUCUACAAAUCUCACUUUAAAUUUGUAUCCCAUAGGAGAAGAAAUUAUAGAACAGAACAGCAAUACAGAAUCCGAUCCAGCAUUACUGUCUAACAAUUCUUCUGGGUCUGACCAGGAUAGCAAUUUUAAAAGAAAUUCGGAAGAGCUUGAAUCUGCUCAAGAUGAGUUUUAUGACUGUACCAGUGAAAACAAUUCACUUACUGAAAGUGCUAUCCACAACGUUUCAAUAAAACAUGGUGACGACAUGAUGGACUUUAUCUCAGUGGCACCUGCUAGUGGUGAUCAAGGACAUAUACUGACUUCCGAUGACUAUCUCAGCAAUCAUCUAUUUCGAGAACCCAGUGUAAGGUCAGAUGACUCUUCCAUAGUAGCUCAAUUGAUUAUAAAACAUUCCAUAAGGUGUAUGAAGAGAGGGUCAACAAACAAGCACAUAAGGGAUGGGUCACAAGCAGAAGACGAUGACAUGGAUCCAGAUGUAGCUGAGGCUUUAGCAGCUUUAGCUGCUGCAAUAGCAGGUGAAGAGUUUGAAGAAGAUCCAUUUGGAGGUUAAGCAAACACAUAUAAAUAUUUAAACAUUGAUAAAAUGUUUUGGACAUUUUCUAAAACAUUGCUAAUAGAUGGUUUCAACAUGAAAAAAAAAAAUUUCUUAGACAAAAAAUGUAAUUUCUUAAUGUUGCAUGAUGUAUACCACUGGUUGGUAAAAACCAUAGUUGCUUUGUUUUAAUUUAAUUUCUUUUUACUAAUAUUUCUAUUUAUGUAAGUGGUUUUGUUAAUAAUGACACAAUGAGGCUUAAAUUAAUAUCCAAGUGAGUUUUGUUUUGUUACCUUUAGUCAUCACCAAAUUCAGAAACUGGUUUGGUUAAAAGGGGAAUGUUGCAAAGACAUUUUUAAAUAUAUCUUUCCAAAUAUCCAAUAAGUAUUUAUACGAAAAUGUAACCUAUGUAACUUGUUAUUAACAAUAUGUGAUGGUGUGCGUCUGGCUGUGGACAAAUAGAGAGGUGGUUAAAUGUAUGACUGGCUGAAUAAAAGGUAUUUUUAAUUGUAAUCAUAUAUAAAAACUUUAAAUUCCAUGUUACAUUCCUGUACAUAAUAAAUGAGUUCCUCACUAAAUAAGGGGAAAUUAUCCAGAUGUAUCUGUGUUUCUGGAAACCUGUUAUGUAAAUCUGACUUAACUCCAUCUUGAACUUGUACUAUUUUCUUUUAAUAAUGAAAAAUCAGCAGUUCUCUACUCAAUCUCCAGAGAAGUAGUCUGUGCGGUCUUUAUUCUUUAAUUGUCUGGGUCCAAUAGCCAGAUGAGUCUUGUUGGGAAUACCCUCUGUUAUAAUAUUCUACUCUCAGCUGAGCUUGGUAGAAAUGGGAUGAUACUAAGCGAGUAUCUGAAAGCAUCAGUGGAUUAGAAUGCAGUAGAAUCUUAGCAUAAUACUAUAAAAAAUAGAAUUUGGCAAUUCUCACGGUUUAGUUAUAUAUCCUUUUAUCUAAAUUGUUUGUGGGUGAGGCUCUUUGAGUCGUAUCACUUUAUAAGUAAGUGAGUGGAAUAUGACAAAAAGUGCUUGAAAGAAUAGCUCUGUUGUUCUACAUGUGGGAAGAAGCCUUUAACAAAAACAACUGUACCUCUAUCCCCAUCAUAAAUAGUUACCUACCACCCAGUUUUAGGCCAAUAUUAUACAUUCAUACAAAUUUACCCUCACUUGACCAGUGCCAUUGCCUCUAAUGCCUCAUAGGAAGAUGAACAUGUGAUAACCUGCAAACUAAGAACCUUAUGUACUCAGGUAUGUACUUAAUGUUACAAUAAAAAUUGUUUGCUUAUUGAUAGCCACUACAGCGAUCUGCACUGACUAUUGCAAAUUGAGAAAAAUGCUGUAUGGUAGUAGUUGCUUGUGAUUAAACAUACUAACACGAAUUUGUCGAUAAUGUUUUUGUUAAUUUCUACGUAAAGACCAAAAGUCCCUCUAAGUGUGAUACGAUAUGUUAUAAUAAUGUUAUAAUAAGUUCGAUUAAGGUGCAUGAAAAAGGAGCAUUCCAUAAAUAGGCUUUCAAUUUUGUACUAUGUAAAAUCUGGAAUUUUUUCACUGUGUUUUUAUUUUUAAUGUGAUAUUUGGUGUUCAUGAUACAAGUAAAACAGUUUUUAUACUCAA